AUGCGUGGCUCUACUUUGUCUUUGAUGACGCGACCUUCUUCUUUGGAUGCUGGUACUAGCGCAGGCUCAUUGGUCGAGAAGAAAAGCGGUUCCAAUCUCCGAAGUUCUGUAAAGGACACAAACAACAAUAAGCGUGAUCCAUCUCACAGCACACAAGCCCUGUUUCUUUUGGCAGAGAACUUGGCAGAGUUGGUGGAUUCCGUAUGCAAGAGCGAUGAUAAAGAGAGGCUUUUGCCAACACUCCACGCCGUUUGGGGAAACGUCGUUCCUUAUUUGAAAGCCAAGAAGUAUGCGAUAUUUUCAAUUUUUGGCUUUGUUUCUUCUGUGCAUCGCAAAUGUAUAUUUCAGCGCCCGAAAUUCGAGAUUUUUCUUGGCUUCAUCGCAGUUGUUGGCAUCCAUGAGCUCGUUUAG